UCCUCCUCUCAUGUGAAGAGAUAAGGUUUGUUGUUGGAGUUCUCUUUGUGAACAAGGAAAUUGGACUGGCCAGGUUUGUGAAAUGUCUCUGAACGGAUAUUCCAUGGUAGCUGAGAAGGGAUUUAUUUGCAAUUAUCCGUGCUGUUGUCUCAGCCGAUUUAAAGCUGCUAUUUACUGGAUGAAAUUUUCAGAUGGUCUGUCAUCCAAGGAGCUGGCACAACUGUAUGAAACUGAGCUGAAAUCAUUGUGGAGCUGCGAUGUCUGCGGUGAUCAUCGAGAAGGCGGGCCAGCUGGCCCUAGGAGAGGUCUAUGUCUCUGAUCAAGAUGGCUGUGAUGCCACCGGAGAUGGGACAGCAGAGAGGCCUUUCAAAACUGCUCUGCAGGCUUUGAUAUCUGCUGGAAAGGAGCCAUUUCCCGCUAUCUAUGUGGACUCGCAGAAAGAAGACCAGAGAUGGGAAACUAUUUCCAAGACCCAGUUCAAGAAUGUUAAAAAGUUGUGGCAGAGGGAACAACAGAAAGCUGAAGCCAGAGAAAAGAAAGAGGCAGAAGACCUCUUGCGCCGUGAAAAGAACUUGGAGGAAGCAAAGAAGAUAAUAAUCAAGAACGAUUCUAGUCUCCCAGAGCCCAAAUGUGUAAAGAUUCGUGAUUUAGAAGCCCACAGAGGGGAGAGAGUCAAGGUGUUUGGCUGGGUCCACAGACUGCGUAGACAAGGGAAAACCUUGAUGUUUAUCGUGUUAAGAGAUGGCACAGGGUUUCUUCAAUGUGUCUUGUCAGAUGAACUGUGUCAGUGUUACAAUGGAGUUGUCCUCUCCACGGAGAGCAGUGUUGCCGUAUAUGGAACCCUCAACCUUCUCCCCGAAGGCAAACAGGCUCCAGGAGGCCAUGAGCUGUGUUGUGACUACUGGGAGCUCGUUGGCCUGGCUCCUGCUGGGGGAGCUGACAACCUGGUCAAUGAAGAGUCGGAUGUGGAUGUCCAGCUCAACAACCGGCACAUGAUGAUUCGGGGGGAGACCCUGAGCAGAAUCUUUAAGGUGCGCUCCAUGGUCAUCCAGUGCUUCAGGGAUCACUUCUUUGACCGAGGGUAUUAUGAAAUCACCCCUCCAACAUUGGUUCAGACACAGGUUGAAGGAGGCUCCACGCUCUUCAAAAUGGACUAUUUUGGCGAAGAAGCCUUUUUGACACAGUCAUCCCAGCUGUACCUGGAAACCUGUAUCCCAGCACUGGGCGACACUUUUUGCAUUGCCCAGUCAUACCGAGCUGAACAGUCUCGGACACGCAGGCACCUGGCUGAGUACACACACAUUGAAGCUGAAUGCCCUUUCAUGACCUAUGAAGACCUACUGAACCGUUUGGAGGAUCUUGUCUGUGAUGUAGUGGACAGAGUCUUGAAAUCACCUGCGUCUGACUUGCUGUAUGCCCUGAACCCUAACUUUGAACGCCCCAAGCGCCCCUUCAAGCGAAUGAACUACAUAGAUGCUCUUGUAUGGCUUAAGGAACAUGAUGUGAAGAAGGAAGAUGGCACGUACUAUGAAUUUGGAGAGGAUAUUCCAGAGGCCCCAGAGAGACAGAUGACGGAUGCCAUUAAUGAGCCAAUCUUGCUGUGUCGAUUUCCUGCUGAGAUAAAGUCUUUCUACAUGCAGCGCUGCCCCGAGGAUCCCCGCCUUACCGAAUCUGUUGAUGUGUUGAUGCCCAACGUUGGCGAGAUUGUUGGAGGCUCAAUGCGUAUUUGGGACAGUGAUGAGCUGCUGGAAGGCUACAAGAGAGAAGGCAUCGAUCCUACACCUUAUUAUUGGUAUACAGACCAGCGUAAAUAUGGCACGUGCCCCCACGGUGGCUAUGGCUUGGGCUUGGAAAGAUUCCUAACCUGGAUCCUGAACAGACACCACAUUCGGGACGUGUGUCUAUACCCACGCUUUGUCCAGCGCUGCAAACCUUAAUCAAGAUCACUUGUCCAGCCAUCUUUAAGCAAAUCCCUCCUCUUAGCUUCAGAGAGUAUAUUUCAUCAUCCUGGACAGCAACCUGCCAAGAGAAUCAACAGAUCAACUUUCUUCUUUUCCAAAUGAGAAUAUUCUUUGUUUUGAAUUUGAACUUGACUUGCAGUCCACUGAUUCCAGAAAUUCCUUCUCUGUUCUUUGCUUAGUCCCUGCCCAUGAGUUCUGUUGAUAUAUUUGAACUUAUUGCUAGUUUAAACAAGCAGUGUGCAACCUUGGUCAUGAUUUCUGUAAUAGUGCUGUUAACCUGCAGCUCUUACGGGCCCAUUAUUAAUUGGGUCAUUUGAUUACUUUAAAAAGUAGUUAGAUGCAGGGCUUGACUUUUGGUUAAGGGAACUACUACUGAAAAGUGGAAUAUCAGGUAGCAAAUGGAAGAUGCAAUGUGCUGCAACAGGGGUGGUGAACUGCCAGCCUCCAGGCCAAAGCCAGCCCACUCCUGAGUUUUUCUGCCCCCCCCCCCCAAUUUUGACAAAGGUCCAUAAUAUUGAAUUUAAGCCUAUCUGCCCAGUCCAACUCCACAGUGGGGAGGAAAAUCGCACAAUGUCCACUUGGAGAUGACACAGUUUUCCUCCCCAUUAUGGCAGAGAGAUUUCUAGUGAUGAGUAUGAUAUAAAUAACAUAGUGUAAAGAACUAUCCAGGGGAGCGGGAGAUAAACUCUGGUCCACUUUUAACCCCCUUCCUUAAAGUUUUCCGUUUGGAAUCUUAAAAGGGAUGGGGAUGGGUGGGCCCAACCAUAUAACUCUGCCUUGAAAAUGUCUUCAAAGUUACACUAACAAAAUGUUGCCUUGAAGUUAGUACAGUUGUAAAAUGUACUAACCUAAUUACUAAUAAGUAGCAACCAAAUUGCUAAUUAGUCCCUAAUUGCAAUGACUUGCUAUGUGAAGCUGGGAUAAGGUUAAAAGAUGUGCCCCUGUAAUGGUGGAAUGUGCAUUCAUGGCAUACUUUUUCGCCUUUCAGAUGAAAUUAGUUUUUGUAAUUAGAGUAUCCCCAGCUGAGACAACAGUGAAAAUCAACGCUAAACAAUUCUACUUGUAGGGAGGUUGAUAUAUCCCUACCUGCCACUGUAUUUUCAUUAUAUCUGUAUUUUGAACUAAAUUAAUGACUUGGCUUUCUGGAGAAAGGCUCCCAGUUCCAUAAAAAGAAAUUUCAGCACAUGCGCUCUUGGGAGAAGCCUCUGAUAUUUCACACUUGGCUGGUUUGCUUUCCAACAUGUCUCCACUAUACAGUUGGUUCAGCGUUUUUUUGUUGACAUGACUUCCCUACAAAGAGCACUGGGAAUUAUAGCUUUGAGAAGGUGCUGAUCAUUUUCAGUUUCUUGCUCACUUACUGAACUACAGCGUUCAGGAUUUCUUGGGAAAGGAGAUCCAGGUAAAAUUUCUAGAUGCGCCCUUAAUAUCUGCUAGCUUGCAAGUGACUAAACUGACUGACCUCUUUAUUGCUGCUUCUCCUUCCAGCAAGUGUUAUGAAAAUAGUUUUUAGCUAUCGGAAUAACUUUUAACCGGAACUGCAGAAAGAGGAACACUUGGGAUGCUCUAGAUUCCUGCUGUCUGGUCAGCUUUCUCUUAUUCUUCUCAACUUUGCAUUUUUUAUAACAAUUGUGCAUGUCCCAUUUUCAAACCUGGUUGAACCUGGCAAUCAAUAAAUUCAUAACAUCGGAGGAGAAGAUAGACUUAGUUCUA